CGGGCCCUGCAAGUCUGGCGGUUACACUCCGGUGCCGCAGCGCCCAAGGGCCGAGGCGGAAGUAGGACGGGCACCCCGGGAGACGAGGGCACAGGGUCAGCGGUCGCAGGGCGCCAACGAGGAGCGCGGUGCUCAGCAAGGGCGCGUGCGCGGCAGUAGGCCCCGGGGGAGGAGGCAGGGCAAGGCCAGGAGAGGUGGCUGGUGGUCCCGACAUCCAGCCUGGAAGAUGCACAAGAGGAAGGGACCCGCGGGACCCCCGGGUCGAGGCGCCGCCGCCGCCCGCCAGCUGGGCCUGCUGGUCGACCUCUCCCCAGACGACCUGAUGAUCCCUGAGGAUGGAGUGAAUGAUGCGGAACUGGAGGCUGAGUUCUUGGCCUUAGUGGGGGGCCAGCCCCAAGACCUGGAGAAGCCCAGAGGGAAAGGUCCCCUGCCCAUGGAGGCCAUUGAGAAGAUGGCCAGCCUGUGCAUGAGAGACCUGGAUGAGGAUGAAGAGGAGGGCUCAGACGAGGAGGCUGUGGAGGCUGACGAUGACCUGCUGGCAGAACUCAACAGGGUCCUUGGGGAGGAGCAGAAGUCUUCGGAGUCCCACCCUCCUGCAACUCAGCCCAAGGCCACAGCCCCCAGCCCAGGGGUAGAGGCCACCUUGCAGGAGAGGCUGACUCUCUACCAGACAGCGAUCGAAAGUGCUAGGCAAGCUGGAAAUGGUGCCAAGAUGCGGCGCUACGACAGGGGGCUUAAGACACUGGAAAACCUGCUGGCCUCUGUCCGGGAGGGCAAUGCCAUCGAUGAAGAGGACAUCCCACCACCUGUGGCCGUGGGGAAGGGCCUGGUGUCCAUGCCCAGCCACACCCCCACACUCACCCAGCCAGCCCCCAUGAACCCACCAGCCCCGGAGCCCAGGGUCCCUGUGGAGGGGCCUUGUCCUACUGCCCCGGUCUCAUCCCUAGGCUUGGCUAAGCCUCAGCUUCCUCCAGGUAGGCCAGGGGCAGGGGUGGGCUGACAUGGAAUGUGCUGGUG